CUCUGACAAAUCAUCAAUGGCCAGGGACCUUCAGCAGACACACUCCAUUGCUCACACCCACACGAAUUUACAGAAGUCAAACGUUCCUUUUUCAUUUCUCAGCCCAACAUUGGCCCUUGUUUAUUUUAUUGCAUCUUUUUUUUUUUCAGCUGAAGGCCUCUGAGUUUAAGUCAUAAGUGUGUGUUAUUCCAUAACAGAGAGAGAGAUUUUUUGGUUUUCGUUGACUGAGAGGAAAUUUUGAAACAUUGUGCAAUGGUGCCGCAAAAGUUUUGAAAGAUUGUGAGAGCGUUUGGCCAGCGUAGCAUCUGCGAGUCGGUCUGUUGGAGAAGAGGUCUCCAUGUUGCAUCCAUACAGAAUGGAGAGCUACCUCAUCCCACCUCACUCAGAAGAAAUAUAUGACCCUGAAAUCUACAGGCAUCAAAUGGCAGAAUAUUAUAAUCCAUAUGUUUUGCAUAUGGAUGAUACAGAAAUCCAGGCAGAUCACUGGGACUAUCACCCUCACCCACAUGUGCACCCAGCAGAGUUUGAAAACCUCCAAGAGGCCAAUUUUACAGAGUUGCAGAGUGUGCAGUCUCUCCACCCGUCCGGCCUCAUACGACACGACGCCAUAAGAUACGAUGCAGAAAAUCUGCUGGAUCCUGCUCUCGGGGCACAUGCUCAUGUGUUACAGCAGCCAGUAGCGUUUUUUCCUCGGACUGUGUUUCCACAUGUGUCGCAGCGCAGCUCUGAUGAUGAAGAGCACGGAGGACGAAGCCCCCCGCUGGAGGUGUCGGAUGAGGAGUGCCUAAGAGACCGCAUGCCUUAUGUCACACCUGGAGAACUCGGAAAUAAAAAGAAGAUCCGUUUGUACCAGUUCCUUUUGGACCUUUUAAGAAACGGCGAUAUGAAGGACAGUAUCUGGUGGGUGGACAGAGACAAAGGAACGUUCCAGUUUUCCUCUAAACACAAGGAGGCUCUGGCACACCGGUGGGGCAUCCAGAAAGGCAACCGCAAAAAAAUGACCUAUCAGAAAAUGGCUCGUGCUUUGCGCAACUAUGGCAAAACUGGAGAGGUGAAAAAGAUAAAGAAGAAGCUGACGUACCAGUUCAGUGAUGAGGUGCUGGGGAAGACUCAUCUAGAGAGGAAGUCUUAUAUGUAGGAAAGGAAAGGAGAGAGGUUUCUAAUGUAAAAAUACAGUCUUCCUACUACUGAUGUACGGUUUAAUUAAUGACAAAACCAGCUGAUUUAGAAGACUGAAAGCACACAGUGGCUUAUUCUUGAUAAUAAAACAUUUUGGGGACCACUUCGUCUUCAUCUUGUGGCCUCUGAACUAGACUGGAACCGCAUCUAAACUCUGGAAAGUUUGUAGCACUCGAAUAUUAAACAGUUAAACAGAAAUGGUUUGCAUUGUUAAUUGUUAAUGUACAGAAAUGUAACACGUAGCUACUGUUUUUGUGUUUUUAAAGUAUGAAAAACUGUAUAACAUGCAGAAAUUGUUGUCCUGUAGACCCAGUGGGCAAGGAUGGAAAUGUAAGACAUGUGUAAAACAGCUGUAAAACAAGUCAAACAGCAAGGCAGAUGCAUUAAAGGGAUAAAACUGGAAAAAAAAUUUGUGGUGUACACAUAGUAUCCAAUGAUACAGCUUCUCCUUUUAGAAUAUGUACAAUAUUUAAUUCACCUUAGAAAUAAGCUCAGCCUGUACAACCACAUAAAAGCCACUAAAGGAGCCCGACCUCCUGUUCUGAUCCAUCGAAGUACGCAUAAACAACCCCCAAUGCCGGUGUUAAACCCAUGUAACCGCUAUGAUUGUACAUAUACACGGUACCAACACUGAUCUUUUGUAUUUAAAGCAGAAAACACGCCGUUAUGUUGGGUGUGGUCAGGAGUGCUAUUUACACGAUCACACAGAUUGCAUACCAGCGACGCAGCAGCUCAGAUUAUCAGACUGGAUCUACUGGACUCAGUGUGAUUCAAUGAGGAAACACGUUCCAUUAAAUCAGUCAUGUGCCUGAUCACUGUUUGUACUCACCUGGUAUAUCACACUUUGUAUAUAACAAUAAAAAUCAAUUGAAACAUU